UAACAAAUUCACACACCUAUCAAUAACGGAAGGCAACAAAAAUAAACAGAUGUUUGGGCCAGUAGGCAAUUGUACCUAUUGGCUCUUAGGUGAGACAAAAAGAUAAGAGAUUGGUUCCCUCAAUCCCUAGCCUUAGUGGGGUCCAGUAUAUAACCUUUUCCUACAAGACUAGCCACAUGUUUUUUCAUCUAUCAUUCUUAUAAACUCUACCAGGUGGAAAUGCAACUGAGCUGUUCUUAGAAGUUUUACAUCCAAAUUAUUAUAUUGAAAUGAUAUUGUUUAGUUUUGGUCUUUUAGUCGCUGGUUAAUCUCUUAUCAUCAUCUCUACUUUUCUAGUCGCACUGCAUAGCUUUCUUGCAAAUGCCGGGAACCAUCCAAGUUUCAGUUCUGGAUUUCAAGGGUCUCCAAUCAACAUCACCAUCUUCACAAUCAGUAAAAGUUUCCAUGGGAAAAACAGAGUACCAGACUUGCGACAAGGGAGAAUUCUCGUUUCCCUUGACAACCCUUCAUGACAAUUUGAUUAUAACACUUCAAGAUGCCGAUGGGAAUGAGAUUACGCAUAGAGUAGUUGAGACCAAAUUGGUGGUUGAGAAAGGUGUUUGGGACAACAUAUUUUCUCUCAAAGGAGGUUGGCACGUACAUAUGAAGUUGCAGUUUGUCCUCAGUGAAGAAGAGCGCCAGAGAAUCCGAGUAAUGAGAGAAGCUGCACUAAAGAAGAAACAUGAAGAGCUUUGCAAUAGUGGUCAUGGAAGUCCUGAACGUGCUUCCAUCGGUUACAGUGAAGUUUCAGGUCCGCUACAAAGUUUAUCCCGAAGUGGAUUGCUAGGCGAUGAAGAUACCAAAUUCGAUAGAAUUUAUCCUAUUCAGAAGCAAAAGAACACAGAUACAGUUCCUCUAGAACUAGAGAAGGUUAAUACCUCCAAGAAGCAGGGACCAGCUGUGAAAGCCCAUAGCAAUAUAAGGAAAAUGAUAAGUGCAUUUGAGGGUAGUCUAAACCAGGAUGUGAAACCUUCUGCUAAACCACCGCCAACAAUAUCUCGGACAAGGAAGACUGGAAUAGCAAAUUCACAUCCUAAUGAUGUUGAGACAGAAAAAAUGGUACCACCAAAGGUUGACGUUGAUGCUGCCACUGCUACUGAGGUAAAUGAAGAUGGCAACAAUUCUGAAAAGUUAAGACCACGGUCUGAGAAUUCAGAGGAUCCUCAAGACUCUAUAGGACCUUUUAGACAGGUAGUUAAAGUCAUAAUCAUGGUAGGCUUUGCAACACUAGUUCUCCUAACAAGAAAAAGGACUUACAGAUAAAGUUAGCUGCUGAGAAAUGUAUGUCAUUAUGCUACGAUUUAGAAUCAUUUGGAUCCUAUGCAGACUCUUUGCUUCUUCUUUUAGUUGAUUUACUCCUCUACUAGCAAAUCAAAUUGGAUUUUAUACUCAAAAUAUCUGUAUAAAGAUUCAUGUAAAUUUUUCUGUUAAUAUUCAAUUCUUCAGGAGCUCAUAUGUAAUUUGCACUUGGUUAAAAUAUGCUCCGAGUCGGAAUUUAGUUCCUCUACUUGUCAAUUUUCAAAAUUUAGGUCUAAUUGUUAACUCUAGCUAAAUUUUUCUGUUAAAUUUGUUAGUGUGCCAUUUUGAUAUAAAAAGAAUACUUACUUGGUAGUUAUGUAAUAAAAAUAAAGUUGUAAUGAACUUAAAUUUGAAAAAAAAA